GUAGUAGAUUGUUUAUACUUCCUAUUUCUGUAAGUUGAUUAAGAGGUUUUUUUCCGUAAAAAUUAGAAGUUUGUUGAGUCGCUCAUCAGGUCUGGAUUGGUAUUUCAUUUUUACCUAAAAUCCUGUAUGAUCGUUGUUUUGAUUCUAGUAAUACUUUUUCCCCAAGACCUUGAGAUUCAGUUCGAGAACACACACUCUUUUAGUUUGUGUUGAUGCAUUCGAACAUAAUAACAACCGUUUUUCAAGUCUAAUGAUUUAGUUUUUCUGUUUUGUGGUUGCUCAUAUGAUCAAUAGUUAAUGUAUGCUGACUGUUUUGCCGUGUUGAUUCAAUUGCUUAAGACUCUCUACGAGCCCCAUUUUCAGGCUAAAGCACGCUUUGCUUGUAAUUGAGUUCUAUAUUUUUCUGUAAAAUGCGUUCUUAAAUCACAUGUCAGUCACCUUUUAUACAGGAAUUCCCUCAGAAAUGUGGAAUAUCUAAGAAUCAAAGUCUGUGAUUACAUAAUAUAAUUCAACUAAAAGUCUUAUGAUCACUUUGCGUAUAUCAGAAUGGUCAACACACCCUCCAUUCCAAAUUCAGAUCUUUUCGUCUUGGAAGAACACACACAUUGAGUUCUAUUACAUAGUAAUGUAUAUUCUACAGCAUCAAUAGUUCUUUGCAUCGUCUUCAAGUUCAAUCUCCUUAUUUGAACUGAAUCAAACUCGAUGUUGGCAAUAACGGGGAACCGAUUCUAUACAGUAGGACUCAUAUCAGCCUGGUACUCAUCAAACAUUGGGAUUUUAUUGUUGAACAAAUAUCUGUUAAGCGACUAUGGAUUCAAGUACCCGAUUUUUUUAACUAUGUGUCACAUGACAGCUUGUUCAUUGCUGAGCUAUGUUGCUGUUGUGCGGAUGGAGCUGGUUCCUAUGCAAAUGCUCCGAUCACAGAAUCAGUUCUUUAAGAUUUGUGUACUCAGUUUUGUCUUCUGUGCCUCUGUUAUGAGUGGAAACAUUUCGCUCAAGUAUCUGCCAGUGUCGUUGAAUCGGGCUAUUGGAGCUACCACGCCAUUUUUUACUGCUGUGUUUGCGUAUUUGAUCACCAUGAACACAGAGACUUUGCUCGUGUAUGCUACUCUUGUUCCAGUAGUCAUUGGAGUCGUAAUUGCUAGCGGGGAGGAGCCAAGUUUCCAUCUCUUUGGAUUUAUAAUGUGUGUUGGAGCUACGGCAGCUAGAGCACUCAAAACAGUGCUUCAAGGAGUUUUGCUUUCUUCAGAAGGGGAGAAGAUGAAUUCUAUGAAUCUCCUCCUAUACAUGGCUCCGGUAGCUGUUGUGCUACUACUUCCUGUAACACUUUAUAUGGAAGGAAAUGUGGUAGAAAUCACAUUAGCUCUCUCCAGAGUAGAUUUCAGGAUCGUGUGGUACCUGCUAUUCAACUCCGUGCUUGCAUAUUUUGUGAAUUUGGCAAACUUUUUAGUUACGAAGCACACCAGCGCUCUCACUGUCCAGGUCUUAGGAAAUGCUAAAGGAGCAGUUGCUGUGGUUGUCUCCAUUUUUAUUUUCAAAAAUCCUUUAUCAGUAGUAGGAAUGUUUGGUCACGCACUUACAGUUCUUGGGGUUAUCCUCUACAGUGAAGCCAAGAAGCGUAGCAAAUGAGACAUCGCUUUAACAUUUGUACACUGCACCUUAUGAAAAAAACUUCUUUUAACCGGAAUGUAGGGGGUCAGAAUCCUGAAUGAGAUGCUGUAUGUACUGUUCUACAGCUCUACCACCACAGAAGUAAAGAUGAACAUCUCUUUUUUUUUUUUUUUUUUUUUCCGUUGUCAUUUAUUUAGAAAGAUUUUUUUCUGAGCAAGGUGUAAAGUUGUCACACUUGCGCUUGACCCAGAAUACGAGGGACUCAGGGAAUGAAUGUCAGACGAAUUUAUUAAGCAUAAUUUAUCAUCAAUUCAUCAUAAAUCAUAAUAUUCAUUGUUUGUUA